UUUUCCUUAAUUGUAAUAGUGCGAGGGUUGAUAAAGGAGGGUUGUGUUUGGAAGAUCGCAUUAGUGGACUUCCUGAUGAUGUCAUUGUUUCAGUCUUGUCACUGUUGACAAUGAAAGAAGCUGCAAGAACUAGUCUCUUAUCAAAGAGAUGGAGCUAUAUGUGGACGCACAUUGCUACUUUGAAUUUUGAUGCCACACAUAUACUAAAUGAACUGAAAGUGGAAGAUAAGGAACUUGAAGUAGAAAGGCAUUUGUAUUUGAGUUGGGUUAAUAUAGUCUUGAAAUCGCACAACGGUCCAACUAUAGAUGAAUUUAGAGUUCAAUUUGAUCUUGAUGAAACUUGUAAAUUUGAUAUUGACAAUUGGGUUAAUUUUGCGGUAGAAAAGAGAGUUAGAAGGCUUGAGUUAGACUUGUUGGAUAUUUGGCUCAUCUCUAGAGAGGAAGAGGAUUACAAUUUUCCUGACGGGAAUCGUAUUACAAAUCACCUGCAUUCAUUGUCUCUUGGGUUUACUGGUUUCAACUCCCUCACCAAUCUCUUUCUGAAAUACGUGAAUGUAACUGGACAAGUUCUUGAGCACUUCUUAACUAACUGUCCAUUUUUGGAACAAUUGUGUGUGGAAAAAUCCGAUUGUCUCAUAAAUCUGAAAGUUCCUGAUCUAUCACUCAAAUUGCAGCGCUUGGAGAUAACUUACUGUUUCAAUGUGGAAAGUAUAGAGAUUUCUGCCAUGAAUCUCGUGUCAUUUAUGUACUUCGGACCAAAAAUAAGCUUGCCAUUUAAGAAUGUCCAGGACCCUGUUGAAUUGUAUUUUGGGGGUGAUUACUGCAAUUAUCUAAUUUGUAACUUUUGGGAGAUUUCAAGCUAUCUUUCUCAGCUAGAGAGCCUUACGUUGUACAUGACCAUCGUUGAGUUGGAAUGGCCCGGGUACAAUCAGGGAAGAAAUCGGGAAAGCCAUAGCUGCGUUACAUUUAGGCCCCAUCAGUACCUUAAGGUGGUGGAAGUAAUUGGGUUUGUUGGGUGUACAAAUGAUGUUGAGCUUGCAAGGUAUUUAAUUAAGAGUGCUGUCAUGCUUGAGAAGAUUACUUUUGAUCCUCGUAAUCCGCUUCAUAUGGAGUGUUCUCUAUGGGAGAUCAUGGAGACCGAGGAGAGCAAUGCAGCGAGAAAGUGUGCCGAGGACUUCCGCUCCGAACUUCCAGUUGGAGCAGCUUUAGUUAUUCUUUAAUUCAUUGAUUAUAUGUUAUAAGCUAUUGCUUCUUGUACAUACUAUACUUCCAGCAGGAAGUAUGUACAAAUGUAUGUAUAUCUAUAUUUAUUUUUUAAAUGAAGAAAUUAUAUUAGAAAAAUUGAGCAGUACUGUGCUGUUUUUUAUACACAAUUUAGUU